AUUUUACAACAAUGUCGCAAAAUAAAAGCCAACAUGAGGCUCUCAUGUCCAUUUUAGAUAAUGAUCUUUAUAAAUUCACCAUGCAACAAGCUGUAUUCAAACAUUAUAAGAAUGACAUUCCUGUUGUGUAUCAAUUUACUAAUCGCGAAAAAGAUCUUCGUUUGAAUCCUCAAUCAGUUGAGUGGCUUAAACAGCAAAUUAAAGAUAUGCAAUCCCUCAAGUUAACUGAAACUGAACGUGAAUACCUUUCAACUUUGUCAUCCUUAGACAAAGACUAUAUCGAUUAUCUUUCUACAUUCAAAUUCAAACCUGAUGAACAAGUCAAGACAAGUUAUAACCCAGAGACACAAGAUUUUGAAUUAGAAGUUGUAGGUUCAUGGUUGGAAACUAUUCUAUAUGAGGUCCCUCUUUUGGCAUUAAUUUCUGAAGCCUAUUUCCGUUUCACAGAUCGUGAUUGGAACUAUGAAGAUCAAGUAGAACGCGCUUGUGAGAAGACAAGACAGUUGGUGGAACAUGGUUGUAUGUUUGCUGAAUUUGGUACACGUCGACGUCGUGAUUUUAAGACACACGAUUUGGUUAUGGGUGCUAUUCAUAAGACUUCUGAAGCCUAUUAUGAAGAAUGUAAGAAAGCUGGAAAAGAACCUCAAGGUCGUUGUACGGGUACAAGUAAUGUUUAUUUAGCAAUGAAGUAUAAUCUACCUCCUAUUGGUACAGUUGCACAUGAAUUCUUUAUGGCUGUAUCAGCAUUAGAAGGCAUAAAACAUGCAAAUCGUAAUACACUAAAGAUUUGGUAUGAUGUCUAUCAAGGUAAUCUGGGCAUUGCCUUGACUGAUACAUUCACUACCUCAGUUUUCCUUAAGGAUUUUGAUGCUGAUCUUGCCAAUAAAUACGCGGGUGUUCGUCAAGAUUCAGGUGAUGCUGGUGAAUUCAUCAAUACUAUGGUCUCUCAUUAUAAAUCACUUGGUAUUGAUCCAUCCAAGAAAGUGAUUGUAUUUUCUGAUGCUUUAAAUGUUGAACGUGCUCUUAAUCUUCAAGAGAAAGCUAGCAAGGCAGGAAUUAAAGCUAGUUUCGGUAUUGGUACUUCUUUUACAAAUGAUUUCUAUAAAGCAAGUGAUAAGGAAGUUAAGAGUAAAGCUUUAAAUAUUGUAAUUAAACUCAAGCAAUGUAAUGGAAAGCGUGUAAUCAAAUUGAGUGAUGACGCACUCAAGCAUAGUGCUGACCAAGCUACUGUCACCGCUUUUGAACGUGAAUUGGGUAUUAUACAAUAACAUAUGUUUCUUUUUCUUUUUUUUUUUCCAGAUAUAUACGCAUACAACUAAUUAUAUAGAAAAACAAAAAAAAGACAUUACAUACAUGCAUACAAAUAUAUAUAUGGACACAUCGACUAAUAUAAAUUAUUACCAUUAUUAAAUAAUACAAAACAUUAAAUGUAUAAUAAAACGCC